AUGGCGUCCGCCGUCAUGGUCCCCGUCCAUAACCUUUCGGAGUCUCCGAACACGCGCACCAUCGAGAUAUUUGACUGGUCUAUCACGGCCAGCGCGAGUCCCAUCUCCAAUGCCGCCGAGUGCGACGCGCUGCAGGCAGCCCUGGGCUUCCCGCUUCCAGAAAUGACGUUCGGAUCGAACAGGCUGGAGCUUGAGCACCGCCCGUCUGGAUGGAAGUACGUGUUUGGGACGGAGCAGGCGUUGAAAGGCGUGAAGAAUGGAGAGCUUGGAGAAGGCGAUGGCGGCGUCAAGGUGGGCUACGCAGAUGCGUGGUUGCAGAGCCGGACGGACCCAAACUCACAACUACCGCUUCCCAAGACGGUACCCACAAAACCGUACGACUGGACGUACACCACGACGUAUGCGGGUCACUCAGAGGGCGCAUCGUCGAGCGAAGUCGCUUGGAAGGAGGAGAAUCUAGAGAACACGGCCCAUGGAAUACCCAUCGCUGAACUGACCAGACCAGACCCGAUUCUGUUCUACGCAGAGAUCCCCCUCUUCGAGGACGAAUUGCACGAUAACGGCGCAUCACAUCUUCUCGUCAGAAUACGCGUCAUGCCCACCUGCAUCUUCAUCCUCUCCCGCUUCAUCCUCCGCGUGGACAACGUUCUUUUUAGAACGUACGACACGAGGAUCUAUCACUCGUUUUCCUCUUCCCCUCCUUUGCUAGUGCGGGAAUGCAGUGGCUGGGAAGCACCGUACGAUCGGGUCAAACGGGUACGUGGGAUGAGUUUCACCGCUGCCAGAUUAGGAAUGUUUCUAACCUGA